CUGCGGCUGUGGGGCCGGGGUGUGUUGGCUCGGUGUCACCGCUGGCCUGCUGCCUUACAUGGGCAAACUCCUGAACCGACUGAGCACGGCUGGAAUUUCACGGCGUGACGUCACCGCCUACAACUCUUCCCAGAUUUGGGAUCAAGAAGAAGAAGAAGGAGAAGUUUCACUUUUUUUUUUUUUUUUUUUUGGGUUUUUGUGCAGGGGUUGUGGAUUUGAACCAUCUCUUUCUCUCUCUCUCUCUCACACACACACACUCUCUCGUAUAUUUCCUAGAAAGCGAGAUUUCAACAUAAAGUGAAGGGCAUUGCAUCAAAGAUUCAUCGCUGCACAUCCCAGACAUACAGAGAGGAGGAAAGGUGUCUGAUCCUGUCGUCCCCACCGCCACUUAGUGUUAAAAUUUGGAACCAUGUGGAACCCAGCGAACAUUAACGACCAGACGGGACAAGUGACUGCCAGGAUGGAGACUACUCCAUCUUUGGGAAGUGCGAGCAUCUCCAUCUCCCAGCAGCAGGCACCCAAGAAAUUUGCCCCUGUGGUCGCACCCAAGCCCAAGUUCAACCCUUAUAAACAGAUGGGAGACCCCACCCACUCUGACUCUGCAGCAGACUACCCUCCCCCUCCGCCACCUGCGGAAGAUUCAACUGGUUUCCCUCCAUCCUCUGGUUCCUUCCCUCCUCCACCGAUGAACUCGUACGAUUUUCAGAUUAAAGGACCAGAGAAGACCCUGGAGGAGAGGCGCUCCAGUCUGGAUGCUGAGAUCGACUCCCUCACCAGUAUCCUGGCAGACCUGGAGAGCAGCUCGCCCUACAAGCCACGGAGCACACAAAACUCUGGAUCCUCGGCGACCUCCACCCCGAAUGCUCCAGUGACUGGUUACAAACGUAUGGUCAUUCCAAACCAGCCACCUCUGACUGCCACCAAGAAGUCUACACCCAAACCUCAGGCUCCUGGGGGAGUCUCAUCUAUCGCCCCUUCCUCUGCCAGCCCGGUGGCCAAACCUCAAAGCCACACAGCCCCUCAGCCUGUCCCAGCAUCCUAUGCUACAGCCUCAACCCCAAGCCAGCCCACCUUCAAUGUCCAGGUAAGGUCGGCCCAACCUGGUCCCCAGCAUCAAGCCCCAGGUGGACACCAUUUUGGCCAGCAGCCCAUUCGCAGCCCUGCGCAGGUGCAGUACAUGCCUGCCCAGCCCAAAGGUCCCGACUUUGCCUAUGGACCACCCCAGCCUGGCUUCUCCCCGAUGUCUCAGGGUGGGUAUCAAGAACAGCACCAUCCAGGAGUACCUCAAGUAGGUGGCUUAGGCUCCAGGAGACCUGACAUGGCCCCCGCCCAAGCAUACCAACCUCCAGGCCCCAAGAAGACCUACAUCACAGAUGUACCACCAAGCUUGGCUCCAUACACCGCUGGACCAGCUGUUCCACCAAAGGGCAGUGCUCCUGUUGCCCACCCCGAAGAUGAACUGGAGCGCCUGACCAAGAAGAUGCUGUUUGACAUGGACAACCCACCGUCUGAGGAAUAUUUUGGGCGCUGUGCCAGCUGUGGAGAGAACGUAGUGGGUGAAGGCACCGGCUGCACUGCCAUGGAUCAGGUCUUCCAUGUCGACUGCUUCGUCUGCAUGACCUGCAGCACCAAGCUGCGUGGCAAGCCUUUCUUCGCCGUGGAGAAGAAGGCGUACUGUGAGCCUUGCUAUAUUAACACCCUUGAGACCUGCACCAUCUGCAGUAAGCCCAUCAUGGAGCGCAUCCUGAGGGCUACAGGGAAAGCCUACCACCCUCACUGCUUCACCUGCGUGGUGUGCCACCGCAGCCUGGACGGCAUCCCUUUCACCGUGGACGCUUCCAACCACAUCCACUGCAUCGAGGACUUUCACAAGAAGUUCGCUCCACGCUGCUGUGUGUGCUCUGAGCCAAUAAUGCCAGCACCGGGCCAGGAAGAGACCGUCCGUAUCGUGGCCCUGGACCGUGACUUCCACGUGCAGUGUUACCGCUGUGAGGACUGUGGCUCUCUGCUCUCAGAGGGGGACAACCAGGGCUGCUACCCUCUGGACGGACACGUCCUCUGCAAAAACUGUAACACCAGCCGCAUCCAGGCCCUCACCGCCAAGGCCACCACUGACCUCUGAGCAACCCACCGCCCGGUCACCUCCACUGUGAUAACCCAACGCUCACUCGCUCCUUCUGUCUCUCCCUCUCUCUCUCUCUCUCUCUCUCUCUUUCUUUCUCUCGCAAACAUACCGAUCCACAGAAGCUUGCAUUCCUCAGCAUAUACACAUAUAUCCCUCUAUAUAUAUAUUCACUUUCAAUAACAAGAAAUAGCAUCACAUGUUCACCUACAUACGUGUAUCCAUUGACUUGGUACGAGCACAGCAGAAACAAGCUGUGUGUUUUUUAAAGCAGCAGUUUGACAUUUUGGGAAAUAUGCUUACACACUUUCUUGGUGAGAGUAAGAAGUAAGAAGAUUGAUGCUUUUUUCAUGUGUCCUAAAUAUAGCAUAAAAACUUUACCUAACUGUAUCCUCAAAGUUCACUCGUGUUGUCUCUCGUGCAGUCCACCAUAUAUCCCUUUGUGAAGCCACAGCUUCAGUUUUUGUACGUAUUUAAGGGAAUGACAUAUAAAGUGUUACUUGGCGAACUUUAGAGGUGCUGGUAGGUGUUUUUUGUUACCUGUGGACAGAGUCAGGAUAACUGUCUGCACUAGUUCCCAGUCUUUAUGCCAACUUAAGCAUAAAAUGUGGCCAUCUAUUGACUGCACAGGUACAAAAGUGGCUUCAAUCUUUUAUAUAUUACCAAAAAUGUCAAACUUGUGCUUAUAAUUACUAAAAAUCCACCAGAUUCCAUAUACAUCGUCACUCAGUAUUACUAUAUAAUGUUAUAAUCAUCUUUAACCAACAUGUUCUAGCCAGGGUGCACACGUAUGCAUGCAUGCAUGCAUGCACGUAUGUAUGCACGGCCAAAUAUUUCGCGCUGACUUGUUCUUGUGAUCUAAAAAAAAGGAGUCUUGACUCCAAAACAUAGAAAAUGUUUGACACAUCUGCCCUGCAGGUGAAGAUAUCAUGGAUGGAUGUGCCUGUAAGCUUUAGCAGUAUUUAGAAUAAUCCAUGAGCAAACAGUACAUUUUUAUUCUUUCGUGUUCAUUACAGUGUAAAUCCACAGACGGUACACAAAUAGGGAAACUCAUUACUGCGACACAGUUCUGCAUAACUGAACACCAAAGAAUUGAAUUUAAACUGCCAUAUUUACCGUGCACGUAUUUUGUAUGCAACUAUAUUAAACAUACAUUAUAUUGAUUGGGACCACAGGAAUCACAAACAGUCGCUCACAGUGACAAAGACAAAAUCCUGAAUAAGGCAGCUGUGGAAUGUGGAACAUCAUAUUUUCUUUGAAUUUUCCAAUCGAAUUUGCUUUUGUGUACACAAUCGAUUAUUUUCUGUUUGGCCUUAACAGUACAGUCAUGGCAUUCCAUUCAUAUAAAUAUAAAAUUAUAUAGUUCUCGAGCAAAUAAAUAUGUAAUUUUUCCCUCUACAAUUACAAUUACAUAGAUUAGAUUAGAGAUUUUAGUGUAAGCAGUCUGGUAGAGAUAACGGAUUCAAGAUGGCUAUGCAAUUUUUAAUAUUAAUUGCAUCGACACUUUAUAAGAAAUUUUUAUGAAUAAGGAAAUAUUUUACCUGUACAGAUUCAAGCAUAAGUGUCCUUAUAGUAAUCCUUUAAUCAAAACUAUGCUGUUGGUACUGCGUGACUUUGUGUGUCACUGUGCUGUUUGUCAGUAUUGAUUGUACCAUUGACACUUGUCUUUUAUAUUUAGUGUUUGUUUAAAGUUUAAUGGGCUAAGAAGGGACCGUGAGAGUUUCCCCAAAAUGAUUUUAUUAUUUGUUCCAUCCAAGAAUUAAUGACCAGUAGUUUGACUGUUUGAUUUGAUAAUUACUUAAAUAUAAUUCCUACAGCAGCACGAGUUAUAAGACUUCUGAUGAUGGUGAGUUAAAGGUGUCCUGUGGAGUCCCCCUUUUAUUUUUUUUUAUCUUUGCAUCGUCACAAAACAGCCAAUUGUGUCAUAAUCUCUCUAUAGCUGUAGGCAUAGCUGUGAGCUUAAGGGGAUUGAUUUGUUCUGCAGCCAGCCUCAAGUGGCCUUUAGAGGAACUGCAUUUCUUGGCAUUUCAUUUGGGUCACAGAACAAGUCAGUCUCAGACAGCUUCAAAACGGGGCUGCGGGUACUAUACUAUGCAUUGUCCAGUCUUUAUGCUGUCGUUAGGUGAAACACAUGCAGCUGGUUUCAUGCUGUCCUGCUAAUAGACCGUUGGUGGCCAUAACGUGCAAAGAACAUAGCAACACUUCUGCGAAAGCAGUGAAGACGACUACAAGCUAGAAGUUACGUGAUUUUAACUAUACAGACGUUACAUUAGCUUUACAAAUUUUUAACAAGAAAUUAAUUCGACACGCUUUAUUUUGGUGAGAAACACUGAAGAACUCCACAGGGUACCUUUAAAGUAAAGGACUGGUUUGCUUAUUUAUUAGCUGGAUUGCUUUACAGUCUUCCACAUAAUGCAAGACAAGAGUAUUUCCCGUGCAUGUGGAUGGAUAUAUUAUGAACAAAUCAAUUGUAAUUUUACUUCUCUGUACUGUUUUCCUCGCACAUUCAGAAGUGGUGUUUCGUGCCAUUUAGAUAUCAGAAAGUGAUUCUACAAAUAAAACCUCUCUAUAUACUGUAAUCUACUGUAGUCAGUACGUCUGGUUACAUCAGAGUCUUUGUGAUCAAGUUGACUGUGGCGAUGUUUAACCAGGGUAACAUGUUGUAAAUAACUGUGCUAAUAAGCCCAUUAUUGAAAGAACGGUGAAUAGUGAUACAUUUUCUAUAGCAAAGUACAACGAACUGUAGAAUAUUUAAAAUAUUUCAUUUUUCUUUUCACAAGAAAAGAAAUACAGUAAAAGCUCUGCACUGCAGGUAUAUACAAGGUUACGCAACCUAAACUCCAUUUCCACAGGAAUUUUUCCAUCAGUACAUCAAUGCCGUACCUGCCAUAUAUAGAAAGCAAAAAACAACUUUUACAGUUGAGUGAAAGUCAUAAACGAUGAGUGCACUCCUCGAGACUUCAAGUAAAGAAAUUGGUUAAAUGCCUGAAGAAAUGUUUGGCACAAAAAUGUGUUUUAUUGUACGUUACCGGUUAUCAAAAAGAGAUCCGGCUCUGUGCGUCUCUCUGGUUACAGAAGACAUUUAAUCACCUUAUUUUAAUGCUACAUCUUUUAAAAAAACAAAAAAAAACCCACAGACUCAUCUGUUAGCACUGGUUGUUAGGCAACAGAGGACAAAAAAUACACACUCCAUAUACCAUUAUGUCAUAUGUGUUGCCUGGUUUCAGCUCGCAGGGAUGCUGCUAGUGAUUCGGCUAAGUUAGCAUCUCAUGGCUGUCUGUUAAAGGUCGACACGAGGCUUUCUGACCUGCUCGGAUAAUUAGACAGCACAAUCUCACAUCUUCGGAUGGAGAUUUCCAGAGUGACUAUAAACAGGCAGAAAGUGCAAAAAUAAAAAGAAAAGAAGAUUGAUAAUGAAUUCAAAAACCGUAUCGGAGCAAAAGUAAUACAGUGAUUUAAAAUUCUAAUUCAGGUACUUUUCAUAGCCGAUUGCCUCUAAAAGCAAUACUAGGUCAGAAGUUAGUGAGUGGACCUUUGUGCUUUGGUUUUCUUCAAUAGUCUUCUGAAGCCAAAGUGGUAUCCAUUAUUCAGAUCCGCCUCUGGUUCUUACUCUACAGGAAAACAUGUUAUUGCAAUACUGGAGCAAUAUGUUGUAGGAACAUUUUGCUGUGCUUUCAGGCAUGACCAUUGCACAGUUGAAUCAUUCUAGUGCUGUGGUUAACUUAAUUAAUGACGGCGGGAGGAGGCAUACAGUAAUUAUGAGCUACAAACGUCAACGUCCACGUACAAAUGUGAUUCACAACACUGCAGAGAGUCUGCUUUACAGAGCAGCUUCUUCUUAGAGACUGCUGUCAAAUCUGGAAAUCCUGGUUCGCGUUCACACCGUUGUGCAUGUUUGAGACAAAAAGAACAAGACGUGUUGUUAGUAAAAAAAAGUACUGUGUUGUAAUCUCUUAUCAACAAUUUAAAGCCCGCAAAUCAACAUUUACAUAUUAACAACUGAUCAAAUAUAAAUAGGGUCGCUCGUGACAAACCCACAGAGAAUUAUCAUCAAGUUUUUCCCCUCAGCUCUGCAGAUUGUUUUCGGUUCAGUCUCACCGCUCGCUCUCAUCAGCUGUGUUUCUAGUCAUAACAAGCGUCUGUUUCCAUUGAAGACGUUCUGGUCAAUGGCGGCACGGUGGUGAACUGACUCCUCACGGCAAAGAAGGUUCUCAGGUAAUGUGGAGUUUGCAUGUUCACCCGGGUACUCCGGCUUCCUCCAACAAGACAUGCAGGUUGAUUGGAGACUCUAGUGAGCGUGUCAUGCGUCAGCCCUGAGAUGAACUUGUCCAUAGUGUAUCCUUCCUCCAGCCCCAUGCGACCCUGAUGAGGUGAAGCUGUGAUAGAUGAGAUAAGAUAAUGAUGGUGUAAUGGUUGGUUAAAAAAUUAUUUUAAGAUAAGUGCUAUUUUAAAUUACAGGCUUCAAACUGCUAAUUAAAUGAUAAAUACAUUACACUAAUACUGAUUAUUCGAGUCUUUCUGGUUUUAAAAUUUUAAAAUAUUCUAGUGUUGGCUUAUUAGCACAUGUUUUCUACAGAGCCGACCCUGGUCUGAUCCACGAGCACAGAGUCAAACCUCUGCUGGAGGUUGUCGACGUGCCAUAAAAACUGUAUUAAACUCUCCUGUUUACGUAUAUUUGUACGGGCAGUCUGUGCACACAUCACACGUCUUUGUGGGAGCAUAUCUGACAUGAAUCUUCUCCAAAAGAUUGAUGCUACGAGUCUAAAAAGAAAAGGCCGUUUAAUGAUUUUUUUAUAUGUUCAGUGUGUUUGUGUUGUCUACUGUCUUUGUUCUACCCAUGUUUGUAAAAGUGCCUUUGACUGAGCAGCAUACUGCUGUGCUUCACUCAAAGAUUUAGCCAUGUUUACUUGUCUUUACCAAAGUACCUGAGUAAAAAAGAUCCUUUUGUUUGGGCCAACUCUGAGUCCAUACAGUCGAUGUUUCCAUCAGGCGGAGUCUUAAAUGAGAGAGACUCGCCUUAAAGAGCUCGACCCUCUGUUGUUAAAGUAAAGUAUCUGAUCUGUUUUUGAUCUUUGGAAGGGGCAUGUAGUCAACUGUUUUUCUUUCUUCAAUAAAAGCUUUGCAAUAGCA